GUAAAUUGAAUGCUAGUUAUGCACUUAUGCUACUAAGUACAAUGAAGAAUUAAAAAUUGGCAACUUUGAAAAAUGGGAAAAAUUAAUCAGAAAGAAAAGGACGUUUUUUAGGAGAAGGAUCUCUCUCUUUCUCUUUCAUCAUUAUUCAUUUAUUUUCUCUCUAAUUCUUUAAGAAGGUCCAAAAUUCGAGGUGGAUCUUGUUGAAUUUCACACGAAGUCUAAACUCCCACCCCGAAAAUAAAAAAAAAAAUAAAUUACAAAACAAAAACAACAACAACAAUAAAAAGAUACUCACCAAGUCAAAGUGAUCAAAAUUUUGGAUCUUUUGAAAAAAAAAAUUGUGUGUUUUUUUAUACUAUUAUUAAUUCAGGGUCCUUUUUAUUUAAAUUUCUGUCAAAGUUAGCUUCUGGGUAAUCUCCAUAUUCUUUUUUGAGGUCUCAAAUAUAUAACUGCUGUUGACUUUUUUUUUUUUGUCAAAUUUGAUGGGUUCUGGGAAUUCAAUUUUUGCAUAAAGGUUGCUUGUUGUAUAAUCAGGGUUUUAUAGGGUUUUAGAUACAUACCCAGUUUAUUGUUAUCAUUUGUAAUAUUGUAAGAUUAAUUUAAUUUAUUUUUUCUCUUGUUGUAUCAUUAAAAAAUUUCUCUUCUACAAUUUUUCUGGGGUUUCUGGAAUAUUUUUUUUGUGAAGCUUUUAGUUUGUUGUAAUAUAUUUGGGUUUUCAAUCUGGGUUUUGAAGGUUUUGAGUUGUUGUCAAUAUUUGGUUAUUGAAAGAUUUUUUUUUUUUGGGUUUUCGGAAUCUAAAAGGGUGUUUCUUUUUAUUUAAAGUGAAUUAAAAUUGAGUUGGGAUUUUCAAGGAUUUAUAAUUUUCCAGCUCUUGGUUGGGAGAAAUUGAGGUGAUUAUGAAAGUUAUAUGGGUAGCAGAAAAGUGAAUUUUGGAGCAAAAAAUGGUGCAAGCUUAACAUCAGGGAUGCCUAGCUUUAUUCCUACUAUCCCUAUCUCUAAUUCCAUUGUAACAGAGGAUAACAACACAAGUUCAUCUCGGAUUUCUGAACUUGGUGCUUUUGAGCAAUCACUUGAUUUUCGUAUUGAAGAUGCUGUUGAUCUCAGGAAUCCUCUAUUCAGUUCGUUGAAGUCUUCUAGUCUGGCUGUAGGCCCUGAUCCACCAUUUGGAUCUUUCAAUAAGCUAUUGUCGUUGGAAAGAGAAUCACAACCUAACUUGGCUUCUGUAAGCGGGGGUUAUCGUGAAAAUUGGGCAGAGUCCAUUAUGGCUGAUGCUAGUCCUAGAUCUGAUUCUUCAUCAGAUGAUACUGAGGAUAAGAAUCCAUGUUUGCACUUUGAACCAGGUCAAACAAACAAUAAGACUGCUUCUGACUCCAGUGAGAGAUCCAAAGAAAAAGCUCUUGAUCAAAAGUCACUGCGACGGCUAGCUCAAAAUCGUGAAGCAGCUAGAAAAAGCCGCUUGCGGAAAAAGGCGUACGUACAACAGCUGGAAAAUAGCCGACUGAAGUUGACCCAGCUUGAGCAAGAGCUCCAACGAGCCCGCCAGCAGGGAAUUUUCAUCUCAAGUGCUAGUGAUCAAUCACAUACAAUAGGUGGAAAUGGUGCCUUGGCUUUCGAUGCGGAGUACUCUCGAUGGCUGGAAGAACAAAACAAAAUGAUAAAUGAACUGAGGACUGCAGUCAAUUCACAUGCUAGUGAUACUGAACUGCAUACAGUUGUUGACAAUGUAGCUACACACUUCAAUGAUAUUUUCAGGCUUAAAGGUGUUGCUGCAAAGGCUGAUGUCUUUCACAUCUUGUCUGGAAUGUGGAAAACUCCUGCAGAGCGUUGCUUUAUGUGGAUUGGUGGUUUUCGCCCAUCAGAACUCUUGAAGCUUCUGGUGAAUCAAUUGGAGCCCUUGACAGAGCAGCAGCUAGUGGGCAUCUACAACUUGCAGCAGUCAUCUCAACAAGCCGAAGAAGCCUUGUCGCAAGGAAUGGAGGCGCUGCAGCAGUCUCUAUCUGAGACAUUAGCCAAUGGUACACCAGGCUCUUCUGGUUCAUCUGGCAAUGUGGCAAACUAUAUGGGUCAGAUGGCCAUGGCCAUGGGGAAAUUAGGAACUCUUGAAGGAUUCCUGCGCCAGGCUGAUAAUCUCCGUCAACAAACGCUGCAACAGAUGCACCACAUAUUAACAACUCGACAAUCUGCACGUGCCCUUCUAUCUAUACAUGACUAUUUCUCAAGGCUUAGGGCUCUCAGUUCGUUGUGGCUUGCUAGACCGCGUGAUUGAGCAGCUUUAUGUAUUGUAUCAAUUGAAGUAAUCGGGUCUUCUGACUUACCUUGUUCCCUUGGCAGUUUUUAAGGCAGCAGCGUAAUUUGAUCCUGGCCCCUGACAAUGAAAACAUAUUUUCAUGUUUUCUUUCUGUGUUGUAUUAUUACUGUUGUUCUGGCUGAUGUUAUUUAAGGUAUUGUUAGGUUGAUGUUAUAGUAUUUAGGGAAGUUUCUUUUGUUGUAUAUAGACAGUGGUGCCAUUGAAAGUAACCACAUUACAGUGUAGAAUUUCUCUUAGUAUUACUAGCAUUUAGGAUGUCAUUUUUUUUUCCUUCUAUUACUAUAAAUCCCUUAUGUAAGAAAUUAACUUCUCAAUAAAAAAAAAGGGCAAGUCUUCUUGGUGUUA